AUGGCGGGGUCGCAAACCAAAUGUCCUGACCCCUCAUCCUACCCCUUCCCCUUGCCAGCGAUCCUUACCCACCCCGCCAGCGCGCCACCAACACUCAUUACACAAGGCGCCGAGGGCCGCCUGUACAAGACAACAUACCUGCGGCCGGAUUUGCCGUGCGCUCUCAAGCACCGGCCGUCGAAACCAUAUCGGCAUCCGAUCCUGGAUGCCCGCCUGACGCGCCAGCGCAUCCUCGCCGAGGCGCGCAUCCUGUCCAAGUGCAGGCGCGAUGGCACUGCCGCUGGCGUGCCGGCUGUGUAUGCGCUGGACGAGGCGGCGGGAUGGUUGAUGCUGGAGUGGAUAGAAGGGGUUCCGGUGCGCGUGAGCAUCAACGAGUGGCUGAAGCGGAGGUCAAGGUUGGGGACCUCGACCGCGAUACAGGAAGACGAGCAACUCGUCAAGCUGAUGAGGAAGAUGGGUGCCGCAGUGGCGGCUAUACAUCGCGUUGGCGUAGUGCACGGUGACUUGACCACAAGCAACAUGAUGCUCCGUCCUCCACUGAACCAGGGCGAGGUGGCCGAGGAUAGGCUUCUCGAUGGCGACGUGGUUGUGAUCGACUUUGGUCUGGCGAGCCAGAGCGUUUCAGACGAGGAUAGAGCCGUGGACCUUUAUGUUUUGGAGCGAGCAUUUGGAAGCACGCACCCCAAGGCUGAGGCUGUCUUUGAGCAAGUCCUCGAGGGAUACAAGGAGGGCUUCAAACAAGCAACGCCAGUGCUGAGGAAACUGGAAGACGUGCGGAUGAGGGGACGCAAGAGAAGCAUGAUUGGAUGA